GAUAAAAAAAUCUACCCAGUGUCAAAACCCAGGCUGAGGUUGAAGGAAGAGACGCAGUAAGUUCACACUCAGCUUGUUCAGAAAAUCUAUCUAUGGACCUGAAGGCGAAGUGGAGGACGGCGCUGAGCUCCAUCCUGGACGAGCUGACGGACGACGAGUUCCAGAAACUUCUAGAUAACCUGGAGAAGAUCCCUCAGGAGGUGAAGGGGGGGCUGCCGCCGGGCGACAUGCCCAGCAUCAUCAUCCAGUACUACGGCCCCGAGGGAUCCAUCGCACUUAUCAACCGCCUGAUGAAGAUCUUGUCCAGGCUGGACGCCGCCGUGCUGCAGCCGCUCAAAGAGAUCAAGGACGAGCUGAAGAAACUCCUGCAGAAAAACAAAGCGGCGACGAGCAAACAAACUGACUCAGGAGCAGUGACCAAGAAGAAGAAACCUGCAGCUGCGGCGACGAGCAAACAAACUGACUCAGGAGCAGUGACCAAGAAGAAGAAACCUGCAGCUGCGGUGAUGAGCAAACAAUCUGACUCAGGAGCAGUGACCAAGAAGAAGAAACCUGCAGCUGCGGCGACGAGCAAACAAACUGACUCAGGAGCAGUGACCAAGAAGAAGAAACCUGCAGCUGCAGCGAUGAGCAAACAAACUGACUCAGGAGCAGUGACCAAGAAGAAGAAACCUGCAGCUGCGGCGAUGAGCAAACAAUCUGACUCAGGAGCAGUGACCAAGAAGAAGAAACCUGCAGCUGCGGCGACGAGCAAACAAACUGAAUCAGGAGCAGCGACCAAGAAGAAGAAACCUGCAGCUGUGGCGACGAGCAAACAAACUGACUCAAGAGCAGCGACCAAGAAGAAGAAACCUGCAGCUGCGGCGACGAGCAAACAAACUGACUCAGGAGCAGUGACCAAGAAGAAGAAACCUGCAGCUGCGGCGACGCGCAAACAAACUGACUCAGGAGCAGCAACCAAGAAGAAGAAACCUGCAGCUGCGGCGACGAGCAAACAAACUGACUCAGGAGCAGUGACCAAGAAGAAGAAACCUGCAGCUGCGGCGAUGAGCAAACAAUCUUACUCAGGAGCAGUGACCAAGAAGAAGAAACCUGCAGCUGUGGCGACGAGCAAACAAACUGACUCAGGAGCAGCGACCAAGAAGAAGAAACCUGCAGCUGGGGGUGAGGGAGAAGAGGAGGAGGAGGGGGAGGAGGAGGAGGAGGAGGAGGAGGAGGAGGAGGAGGAGGAGGAGGAGGACGAGGAGGAGGUCGAGGAGGAAGAUGAGCCGACAGAAGACCUUGUUUAUAUCAUCACACUGAAGCCAACUCCAUCCAUGAAGCCAGUGUGGCCCUCCUCCUCCUCUUCCUCUUCCUCUUCUUCCUCCUCUCCCUCUUCCUCUUCCUCCUCUCCCUGUCACUCUCCUUUAACUCCUCCGGAGCCUGCUCGGCUGCGCUCGACUCCGCAGUCUCCCAUCCCAUCGUUCAAGGGUGGUUUCCACUAUGAGUAAUGUGUUCACUAUGUUCAAUCUGAAUUCACUUUAAAAUAAAAACAUCUAUAUUGA